AUGCUUACCUUCAAGAAGGCCCUCGUGCUUUCCCUGGCCUGUCUAACGCUAUUCUUCAUCUUCAAGUCACAGCACCACGGUAGCACAACCCCCAACUUCCGCAAUGCAAAGGAAAUGCCCCGGCCCACGGCCUGGGUGAACCCAGCAGACAGAGAACGCACAAAGGCCAAGGAGCAGCAGUCGAAAGAGGCGCAAAAGGCAACGGAAAAGGCAGACAAGACCUUUGACACUCCCGAUGUGCCCGCGCGCAAGAAGCCCAAAACUCAAGUCAGCAUGGACGAGCUGAGAGAGCGCCCGCUCAAGGACCAGCUCGAGUACCAGUUCCCCUACGACGUCGACGCGAAGACACCCGCAUACAUUUGGCAGACGUGGAAGUACACACCGGCGCAGGGUCAGUUUGACGAGAUGUUCCGCGAGCCAGAGGCCAGCUGGAGCAUACACCACCCAUCUUUCGUCCACGAGGUUAUCACCGACGACGUCGCGGUACACCUAAUCAGACACCUCUACUCCUCCGUCCCCGAGGUUAUCGAAGCCUACAACGCCCUCCCCGUGCCUGUCCUAAAAGCCGACUUCUUCCGCUACCUGAUCCUUCUAGCUCGUGGCGGCAUCUACUCGGAUAUUGACACUUCGGCACUGAAGCCCGCGUCAGACUGGAUACCUUCUGAUGUGCCCGCAAACAGCUACGGAAUGGUCAUUGGCAUUGAGGCUGACCCAGAUCGUCCAGACUGGGCUCAGUGGUACUCUCGGCGUGUCCAGUUCUGCCAGUGGACCAUUCAGUCUAAGCCUGGCCACCCUGUUCUCGUCGAUGUGGUCGCAAACAUCACACAGGAGACACUCGACCGCAAGCGCGCCGGCAAACUCAGCAAGGACUACAAGGGCAUAAUCGAGUUCACUGGGCCCGCCGUCUGGACCGAUACCAUCUUCAACUACUUCAACAACCCCGACUACUUUGACAUGAGCACGAGCAAGGGCAACAUUACAUGGGAGAACUUCACUGGCAUGAAGGCGCCCAAGAAGGUCGGCGACGUCAUUGUGCUGCCUAUCACCAGUUUCAGCCCCGGCAUUAAGACUAUGGGCGCUGGCGAGGAUGACGACCCAAUGGCUUAUGUCAAGCACAACUUUGAAGGCACCUGGAAACCCGAAAGCGAGCGUCACAUUGGCGAGACCUUCAGCUGA